UUACAUGUGGGCUCACUCCGUGUCGCGAACUGGACCGGCACGGACCUCACUAUGAGCGCGCCGGCUCCACCCGUCCUGCGCGGAGAUGCCACCCUUGUGGGGCAGAUUUUGUUAGAUGUUGUUAAAGCGGUGCGGGGAGAGGCUCCCCUCCUGGAGGAGGCUCUCCUUGCUAGAUUCGAAGCCGACGUGCCGCCCCGAAGCCUCAGCGACGACGAGCUGGCGGAGCGGCUGGAGACCCUCACGGGAGAGAACUCCGGUUUCCUCCUAGACAUGACGGGAAAGGACCUCAAGGCACACGAGACGAUCGUCCGCUUGGCGCACUUCUUGAUCAUGGCAGCCAACGAUGCCGCGGCACCCAGGCAGCCGAUCCGAUCAUCCAAGGCCGGCAAAACCGCAGCCCAGGCGGUCGCAAACCUCCUGGACCCCACCGACGAACCGCCCCGAGAGACCCGACGCCACCAGUUCGUCCGGCCUCCCUCCGCCAGCCAAAAAGGCAAAGCCAGUCCCACUGGAGGAGGACUCAAGCUCCGGUAGCGAGAGCGAUCUCGAGGAGAUGCGAGAGCUGGACAAGGCGAAGGAGGCGUGUCUGGACCCCCUCGUUCACCGCUACCCCGCAAAACUCCACGGGCCACUGCUGCGCCUGCAGGAGAAAGCCAUCCGGGUCGGGGCCAAAAGGAGCGUGGUUGAGCGCUAUAAGAACUUAGCGAAUUUCGUCCUCGAAAACCCCUCGAAGACAAACAUGUGGUAGCUGGUGGCCGUAGGGGCAGUCAGACUAGUUCACAAGGUCUUUCUACUUCUGGCGGUUUUCGGCCAGAUGUGCAGUUAAACGUAAAUAUGGGCCGUUCUAAAAAGUAACCGAACAGUUUGGACGUACGAUGUUUUAUAUAAAAAAAUGUAUUCGCAAUUAAUUCAUGGGGAUGUUGUAGUUUUGCAGAUUUUUAUGAACAGUUAGGGACUACUGGAUCAUUUAUUCUAGCAACUGGACGUAAAGAAACGCUGUAUCAAUAUUCAUACCACUAGGGAUUGACAGUUGCUUUAAUUAGAUUCAUCCGGUGACAUUGGCCUUGACACUACAGCCUGCAAAGAUUCAGGAAAAAAAUCUGGAAAUGACGUAGCACUACAGUAGAAAACAAUUUUGAACAUAAAGAAAAUUACUCUUUCAACAGAAACAUUGCUGCCGUUGUUUUCCCUCGGUAGUAUGAUCGUUAAGGUUGCAGGUGAGCAAAAGCUCCAAAGAUUUGUUAUAGGCUAACAUACGAUUCGUUCUAUAUAGGAAAAUGAUUACAGAGAUAUCAAACAUUUUCCCGAUAAGGCCAACGUUACAUAAUUCCACAAAGGGGCCCGGUCGGGGACCUUUGGUGAACGAAAAGUACGAUAGGAAAGACAGAAAAAAACCCAAAACGGACCAAAAAUGAUUCAAAAGCAUGCCUUGUGCAUAUUUAUUGGCACAAACUUUUUUUGUUUCUUUAAACAGCCCGACCGGGCCCAGGUAGGAAAUGUCACGAGUGGCGUACCAUCACUGUUCCACUUAACUGUUCCUAGUCCGUUACAGGCUCAAAUGCGUGUUUUUGGCCUUUCUGUUUACUGGUUAUGACGUUCCAAACGGGAAAAUGGCACGCGUCCGUUGCGUCGAUACACUUCUGUUGAUACGUUAUAAAAAUCGCGGUUCGGAAAUCCCUCAUUAACCAUCAGUAAAUGCAUGACGUAUCUGUGUUUAAUCUUACAAAUCUUUACUUAAUUUUCAGAAUGUAAGUUGGAUCGACGUGGGAAUUAUUGGUCGAUGCUACAUAUAUGGUCCAGUCAGAUAUUCUAUUCCUAAAAUAGGCUAGCUACCUAGUAACAUCAACAUCUGGUCCGAAUGAACUAUACGGCAUCUAUCUUAUCUGAUUCAGCCUCUUCUUCAAGUGACCGACAAAAUUAACAUGCUGUGGCCUUAGCGGGUAGCUUGUCCACCGAGCAGUUUAAUAGC